CUGAGCGCAGAAGAACAGCUGCUGAUGAAAUGUGCUGCAGUCAUUGGUCACUCCUUCCACAUAGACCUGCUGCAGCACCUCUUGCCUGGCUGGGAUAAACAUAAGCUACUUAGAGUGCUGAGGGCCCUUGUGGACAUGCACGUGCUCCGCUGGUGCACCCAGAGCCAGGAGCGUCCUGCUGAGCCAAUAUUAGUGCCUUCCUCUAUCAAGAUUGUUGAGCAAACCAAAGAGGAAAAGAAAAAGUCGGAUGCUGGCUAUCCUCUCCGGCUCCAGGAGCAGCUCUCCAGACCGCAGACUGAGGUGCUGGAAUUUGGAGUGCCUCUAUUACGGGAAGCUGCUUGGGAGCUGUGGCCCAAGGCACAGCAGAUAGCCCUGCACCUUGAAUGUGCCUGCUUUCUCCAAGAUUUGGCCUGCCGCUGUGGGAGCUGCCAUGGGGGGGACUUUGUCCCCUUCCACCGCUUUGCCAUCGGUUCUACGAAGAGCUCCAGGGGGACCUCCCGGUUCUGUAGUUACAAAAGUACUGGCUCGGUGCUAACACAAGUGAUCACAGACAAACUGCAGCUGCCUUGCCCCCAAGAUCGUUUUCAGUUGCAGACAGAACCAUCCAGAAGCCAGGAGGCCUUCACAAGUGAAAACUGCAGAACAGAGCAGGAGUUCCUGGAUCAAGUGAACAGGACGCUGGCUCCGACCGAGAAAGACAGGCUGGCCACGAAGCCCUGUCACUGUGAGGAAAUCCUGAAGUCGGUGCUCGCCCCUCUCACCCAGCACUGCCUGGUCAUCGGAGAAAACACUUGUGCGUUUUAUUACCUGCUGGAGGCUGCCGCGGCCUCCCUGGACCUGUCUGAUAAUUACAUGGCCUUCUUUUAUUUGAGGAAGGCAAGUAGUCUUCUGGGACAACCCUCAGCGUUCUCAUUUUUGAAAAGGCACAAGGUGAAGAUCUCUCAGUUUGAGGAGGCCAUUUUCUGCCGUCUUCGGUCAGAGGUCUGUUUCAACAUGGGACAGAUCACCUUGGCCAAAAAACUGGUGAGGCAAGCCCUUCGAUUGCUGAAAAGGAAUUUCCCUUGGACCUGGUUUGGUGCCCUUUUCCAAACAUUCCUAGAAAAAUAUUGGCAUUCGUAUUCCCCGAACCAACCUCCGAACAACCCCAGUGAGAAUGAGAAGAACUUGGCCGUCCUGCAGCAGCAGGUGCACUGCGUCUCCCUGCUCUGGCGGCUCUAUAACCUGGAGGCCACAGCCAGCAGCCGCACAUUUGCCUGCCUGGCCGCUCUUAUGCAGCAGAAUUCAGCUGAGGAGUUUGCACAUGACACCCAGGCUGUCUCUACCUACGUGGCCCUCUCGCAGUUCUUCCAGAACGUGGGCGACAGGGAGAAGUGGCUGCACUGUGAGCAGAUGGCCAUUCAGAAGAGCAGCCUCUGCUGGUUCUCCAGGGCGGGGCUGUUGGCCGCAGCCCAGCUCAUGCAGGCCCUGGCCUACACCAGACUCUGCCUCGGCCAUCUGGAGGGCUCCAUCCAGCUGGGUUUUCAAGCCCAUGAGAUAUGCAGACACCUCAGGAAACCAGCUCUGGAGAAUCUGGUUCUCUCGGUUCUCUUCCGAUCUGCAUUUCUGAAGAAGAAAUUUGGUCUGUGUGUCCAUGUGCUGGAGAGUCAGUGGGCACUCAUUUCCCAGGGUCAGGAUGUCCUUGACCUCGCCUGCUUCUAUUCUGCUUGCUUAGAUCUGCUGCUCUACGGAAAAGGAUCGCUGUGUCGGCCCUUUGGGGAGUGUCUGCAUUUCGUUCAACACUGUGAGCGCAGCUGCGUUCUAACUGCACAGAGCAAUGUCAUGCUGGGGGUUCACUCCUCUCUGGCUAUGUGGUUUGCCCAGGACUCACAGUGGGACCUAUUUGAACACCACUUCUCCAAGGCUCGCCAGUUGGUGCAAAGAACCAAUGCCUCACUGUUUGGUUCACAUGGCUUCGUCCGAUUCCUAGAGUGUCACGUGCUAAUGUUACAGAAAAUGCCAGAGGGUGUCUUCAUGCGUAUUCCCCCAGAGACUCACAGCCAAACCCUCAAGUACUUUAAGGAGUUCUUCUCUCGAUGUGCGACCUGCCCUGUCUAUCACCCGUGGGUGUCUGAGCUUAAAGCCUCUGUAAUGAGAUGUGGAAGGAGAGAAUCCAUGUUCUUGACUAACAUCACCAGUCCUUCUGACGCCUGCAUGACCAGGAUUUGGGUAGAGGGAGAAUUCCUGGAUGAAAACAACUCGUUUGAAGAAAAUUUAGGCAUACAAAGAUUUGACAGAGUGGCUGAAGCCGAGCAGAAUAGGGAUGAAGAAGAAAUUCAAGAAUGUAUGUGUUAAAACAAACAAAAAUCAUCUGAAGGGAUCAUGAUUCUCUUGUUGUAUAUAACACAAAGAAAUGCCCCAAGUUCUCUGUUUUAAGUUACUGUGUGGUGUACAUAUUAA